AACGGGAGCGCGGAAGUGAAACCUGUUAAUUUGAACAACCAUUUGCACAACUAUUUACAUAAAUAGUGCACAGCACCACUUAUAAUGAAAGCAAACGUGAAAUCUUCACCUUUACAAAAAAGUGUGCAGCAGCCAACGAUAAGUGGAGCAGACCGCGGGCCGAGGCCAGCAGGAGUUCCAGCGUUAAAGUUAGAGACCCUGCAAGACACGGAGGAGGAGCAUUUCCCCAUAAUUCCAAAGGAUGCUGCUGGCAAGAUUGUCCCAGGAGAUCUGACAGGGCUCUCCAUGAGCUGGGGCUCUCCAGCCUCCACACAAUCAAAGCAGUGUUUUGCGACCGAGAUGAAGGACUCAAUUAAAAAUCAGAUGUCUGCUGUGGAUAAUGGAGAAUCGCUACAGCUGAGCUACAGAGUCCAGACACAGAGAAGUCCACUGUCUAGUCACAAACCCAACCUAGAUUCAUCCCACUUCACCUGUAAAAUCACAGCACAACCCAACUACAACCAGUCCAACACUGUACGACCAAACAGCAAGAUGAGGGAUGCGGAGGAGCUUACCGAGGACAGGAAACUGCAAGCAGUAAUUGAGCAGGUUAUGGUGGAUCAGCUGUCGAGGGCUGUCAUUAGCGAUCCGGAACAGAAUGCUGUGUCUGUCAAUCCCACGAGUGUCCCACCACGCUAUAGGAGAACUCUUCACCACACUAAAGUAAAAACUCGGAUGUCUUUAACAGAGAACAUCUUAUCCAACAAGCUCUGCUUUCAAGCCAGGAUUUUAUCAAGGUGUGGACGUGAAGCGUGUCGAAAACUGAUUGGCUUCUUUUUCACAUGUGACCAAACACUGACCGUGUACGAGUACCGAAAUUUUGGUAAAAACAGAUGGAACGCACUGCCCUUUAUCACGCGUGGUGUGCAUUUGAACAGAGGGAGGCCGUACUGCCUGCAGGACAUCUCACAGGUUCGACACACUCAUCAUCUGUCACACACACACACAGACUAAUAUUAAUUCAUUAACACUCUGCCUACAUCACCCAGGGUGCCGAGCUUCGUGAAAGGGCUCAGAGUGUUUCUUUUGCACAGAACUCAGUCUGGGGAAACUCUACAUCAUCUCUCUGAAGAGGAAAUCAACGAUCGAAACACGCUACAGGAAAUUCAAGGUGCAGUGUGUGAUAGGCUGAAGGGACAUGCGGUCCAAACCCUGAUCAAUCUAGGAAGAGAUUUACAUCUAAAGUCUGAUAGUAUUCAGCAAAAAGAGCUGCUCAGACGAUCUCUGAUGGAGCAGCUGUGCCUCACUCAGCAGGACUUCGAGGCGGUGUGGAGGAUUGUGAGUCGGCGUGCGGAGGGGCGGGUGCACCCCGCUGAUGUGAUGCGUGCCGUUACCGGGGAGAUGAGCGAGAACAGAAAAGCCGUCUUCCUGAAGGUUUAUGUAAAGCUUGACCCAAAUAAAACCGACUCCAUCUUCCUCAGCGAUAUUGAAAAAUUCUAUAGAGGCAAACAAGAGUUUGACGCUGCACUCGAAGCCGAUCUGAAUCCUGACCUUCUGGCCUUCGUACGGGAAGCAGGAAAGGUCACCAAGACCGUGUCCUACGCUGAGUUUGAGGACUAUUAUGAGGGUCUGAGUAUUGAAAUCCCUGAUGAUGAAGAAUACAUCAACAAUCUGAGAGCUACGUGGAGUAUCUGAGAGCAUCUGCCUUGUUUUUGGAAGGACACUUUCUGAAUAUGAGUGAAAUAUUGAGCUAUUAUGUUUGUUAAUACCGUUUGUCACUAUAUAUUACUCUUCAUAUUAUAAUAUUUAUAGUAUAGAGUGUUGGUAUAGCACAGUGUAGAGUACAAUUAAAAAUUUCAGGGUCAGUAAGAUUAAUACUUUUAUUCAACAAGGAUGCAUUAAAUUGAUCAAAA